GUAGUUUUAUUGUGCCAUACCGUAGUACACAGUAACCCCUGGGCGUUAAGUGUGUGCUACCGGUGUCAAUAACAUGGGAUUGAUCAGAAAACUGAACGGUAUGUAAAGGUAAUCCAGGAAGCUGGGUCUCGGGUCAGUGUUGUCGCUCCCUCGGUGGACACAGGAGUCCCGCUCUUUGGCAGAGAAACUCCGGUAUGGACCUCUCUCCACGACAACCGGCGCCGCUGUUUACAUUCGGCGUAAUCGCUGACAUUCAGUACGCGGACAUUGAUGACGGAUUCAAUUUCUCCCGGACAAGGAAGCGGUACUACCGGAGCAGCCUGAAGCUGCUGCAGAACGCCUUAGAAAGUUGGUCCGACUCGGCUGUCAAGCCCGAUUUCAUCCUCCAGCUCGGGGACGUGAUCGACGGUUUCAACAAGCCCAACGGCGCCUCGCAGCGAGCGCUGGACACSGUGAUGCGGGAGUUCGCCUCCUGCCCCGUCAAGGUGCACCACGUGUGGGGCAACCAUGAGUUUUAUAACUUCAGCAGGAGCCAGCUGAUGGGGUCGUCGCUGGACAGCAGCCUGAACGCGGACUGGAGACCGAAGCAGGGUGACAUCUACGCCUACAAGUUUAGCCCUUUCCCCGGGUUUGUAUUUGUUGUUCUGGAUGCCUACGAUGUGAGCCUGCUGGGUAUACCGGAGUCAAGUGAACGGUAUAACAAGGCCAUGAAUCUGAUUAAGCUGCACAACAACAACAAGGAUCUCAACUGUCCGCCAGAGUUGCAGUGCCACAGUCGGUUUACGAUGUUCAACGGUGGGUUCAGUCAGGAACAGCUGGACUGGCUGGACUCGUUGCUGUCUGUGGCGGAUGAGAAACAAGAAAAAGUUACUCUUGUCAGUCACAUUCCAGUGCACCCCGGUACCACGGAUUAUGUCUGCCUCGCGUGGAACCACGAGGAACUCCUGGCCAUCAUUCGCUCCCACAGCUGCGUGGUGUGUUAUAUGGCUGGCCACGCCCACGACGGCGGCUACUGCCUGGACACAGGCGCACACCACCUGACGCUGGACGGGGUGAUCGAGACCCGACCCGACAGCGACGCCUACGCCACAGUCUCCGUCUACCCGGACAGGAUGGAGCUGACGGGGAGCGGCAGGGUCAUGGACCGGGUGUUUCUGUUUUCCUGAUGACUCAGCCUGUAUGGGGGGGAACUGUCACGACAUUAAAAAUGUUCCGCACAUUUUCUGGGUCACUUUAAUUGACGAGAUGUACGUCUCAUAGCGGAAGACCGACAAAUGAAGUACAAAUGAAGCAAUGUCUCCCAAAAUGUCGUGUACUUGAGUUUGAAUCGAAAAUAAUUAUGUUUGCACAUUUAUUUAUAUAGGAAUAUUUUUAAGAAAUUCAUGAUGGUUGCUGCUGUUGGUUUGUAUCCCACUGUACAGAACUGAGGUUCUACUAAUGAGUUGUUAUGCACUGACUUAAACGCAGAUCUCUUAGAAUUUACUCUGGAAAUCCGUGACUAUAAUAAUAAUAAUAAAAAAAACAUUUAUAUAAUAAGUG